AUGGACGGUGCCAAAGACCCCGGAAACCAUCACAUUGAGCAAUGUGCCGUCAAAAACCCCAAAGAUCAAGAUCUCAGGCCAGUACCGACGGCCUUGAUGGAUUGGUCUCCAGAAGACAGAAAACGACGCGAAAAAGCGCUGAUCAAGAAGAUUGACACCCGACUACUAAUCAUGAUGUUGGUUAUGUACAUCCUCAACUACUUGGAUCGUAACAACAUUGCAGCGGCAAAGUUGGCCGGCCUGCAAGAUGACUUAAACCUCAAGGGGGAAGAAUACCAGGUCUGUGUUAGUAUCUUAUUUGUCGGAUACCUCUUGAUGCAAGUGCCGUCGAAUAUGAUUCUCAACAAAUUUGGCAAGCCUUCGAUCUACUUGCCAAGUUGCAUGGUGGUGUGGGGUGUCAUCUCCUGUUCCACUGCUGCCACACAAGGCUUCGGAGGCUUGCUGGCCGUCCGAUUCUUCCUUGGGUUUGUUGAAGCUGCUUAUUUUCCUGGCUGUCUCUAUCUCCUGUCAGCAUGGUAUACAAGGAAGGAAUUAGUUAAACGGACCGCACUACUAUACGCCGGGUCAUUGAUCUCCGGCGCAUUUUCGGGCUUAAUUUCCGCAGGCAUCACAAGCGGCUUGAACGGCGCCCGAGGUAUCGCAGCAUGGAGAUGGCUCUUUAUUAUCGAGGGGGCGCUGACGAUCUUUGUCGCUUUAUUCGCUUUUUUCAUCGUUCCUGAUCUCCCCAGAACGACGCCCUGGUUAAGUGAUGACGAGAAAGUUCUUGCGGCCUGGAGACUAGAAGAAGAUAUCGGCGAAGACGACUGGGUGGAUAGUGAGCAUCAAAGCAUGUUCCACGGUGCAAAGCUGGCUAUCUUAGACCCUAAGACGUGGCUACUGCUGGGCGUCAUCUACGGCUGUACGUCAUCUGGAGCUGUAACCACUUUCUUCCCAAGUGUGAUGUCCGGACUCGGCAAGAAUAACAUCGACACCUUGCUCCUGACGACACCACCAUAUCUCAUAGGCACAAUUAUUGUGUUGAUCCAUGCCUGGAACGCAGACCGCACAGGAGAGCGAUACCUCCACCUUUGCCUGCCACCCAUUUUCGCCAUAGUGUCAUUCAUCCUCUACAUGGCUGGAAACGACUUUGCCGCUCGUUACGUCGCAAUGUGCGUCAUGCUUGGUAGCAUCUAUGCCAGCUACGUCGUUGCUCUCGGAUAUAUUUCCAACAUUCUUCCCCGCCCCGCCGCAAAACGGGCAGCUGCUCUGGCCUUAAUCAAUUGUCUCAGCAACGUGGCCCAGAUCUAUACCCCCUACCUUUACCCUGACUCGGCCUCGCCGCGAUAUAUCACUGCGUUCAGUGUCAACAUUGCCAUGUGCGCUAUGACGAUCAUAUUUUCUACUGUCCUUCGCGUUUAUCUCGGGAGAUUGAACAAGAAGCUUGAUCAAGAGGAGGGUGCCGAUUUGUUCACGUAUGCUGGUAGUAGUGAAGGGCCUGAGGUGGCUGCCAACAGGGGCUUCCGGUUCUUGCUUUAG